UACGUACACGGUAUUCUGCUACAGACAGUGCCGCCAUUUACAGGGAGACCACAACUAUCUCUCUCAUGCAUUGGAGACAAGAAACUUCUCAGUAACCAGAGCAAAUGUUGACCGUCAUAUCUUUUACGUAAUGGGUCAUAGCAGCCAUAUUACUAUCACAGCCUCAACAACGUUGUACUUGGCAGCCCGGAGUUGCGGUGCAUUAUGGGAUAUGUAGUUCUAUGUGACUGUGCAGCUGUUUUUCGCGCACCGGACUUCCUGCAACUGAGACUACAAUUCCCAGGAGAAAGUACCGCACACUGCGGCAUCUUCCAAUCGGUGGUGAGGAUGUCUCCUCGACAUAGGAAGCUGGUCAGAGCAGGCGAGCAGGGUUGUAUGUAUUGAAGCAGAUCUUACAAAGGGAACAGCUAAUCGGUUUGUCUUUAACCAUAUUCUGUUCAUGAGCUGAUGUGUUGCAAGUCCAGGUUUCCAACAUGCGAGGAUUAGCCAUUUGCCAUACUAGGAAUGUAACGAGGACAAUAGCUAAUACUUUACAUAGAAACACUGUGCUUCUUAUGUCUCUCUCACAAAGACAUAGCAUAAAAUACUGGGCUUCAAGAACAGACUUUUCCAGUGAGAAUUCCAGAAGGGAUCUGUCUAUUUCAGCCACAGCCAAGCAAGAAGCUGAACCUCUAACAGAGAAGGAGCAGAGACUGCUGAAGAACGUUUAUGGAGGUUUGAUAGGUGGGCAUCGAGCCUGCUUGGCAGAAGCCAUAACACUUAUAGAGUCUACACAUAUGAGGAAGCGACAUAUUGCUCAAGUACUGCUUCAGAAGGUACUAUCUCAUCAGCGUGAACAGGAGCACUUGCAUAACGGAAAACCUCUAGCUUUUAGAGUGGGUCUCUCUGGUCCCCCGGGUGCUGGAAAGUCGACAUUUAUUGAAUACUUUGGAAAGAUGCUUACAGCACAGGAACACAAAGUUGCUGUUUUAGCGGUUGAUCCAUCCUCUAGCACCAGUGGUGGCUCGCUUCUUGGAGAUAAGACACGAAUGACUGAGCUGUCCAGGGAUAUGAAUGCCUAUAUAAGACCCUCUCCAACAAGAGGAACAUUGGGAGGCGUCACCAGGACAACUAAUGAAGCCAUUUUACUCUGUGAAAGUGGUGGCUAUGAUAUUGUUCUUGUAGAGACAGUAGGUGUGGGACAGUCUGAGUUUGCCGUGGCUGACAUGGUUGACAUGUUUGUUCUGUUGCUGCCACCAGCAGGAGGUGAUGAGUUACAGGGCAUCAAACGGGGUAUAGUGGAAAUGGUAGACCUAGUUGCUAUAACCAAAGCUGACGGCGAUUUGUUAAUACCUGCAAGGAAGAUACAAGCAGAGUAUGUGAGUGCUUUGAAGUUACUUCGGAAGCGUUCUAAGACGUGGAAACCUCAGGUUGUUCGCAUCUCUACUAAAAGUGGUGAAGGCAUUCCAGAGCUGUGGAAGAAGAUAACUGAGUUUAAGGACACCAUGUUUACAAGUGGGGAGCUUCUAUCCAGGCGCAGGAGUCAGCAGAAGGUGUGGAUGUGGAGCCUAAUUCAAGAAAAUGUUCUCCUACAUUUUAGGAACCACCAAGCAGUUAAAGAUCGGAUACCUCUUUUGGAAAAGCAGGUCCUUGCUGGUGUCUUGUCGCCUGGUCUUGCAGCAGACAUGUUAUUGAAGGCUUUUUCUGAAAGUGACUGAAAUACUGCAACAUUUAUUACAUGACUUGAUACAUAUAUGUGCAUGAGACUUAUAAAAUUAUUUUUUUCAUUCUUAUUUAUUUAAAUGUAAAAUGAUUGGGCAUUGUAUGUAAAUAAAUUCAUAAAUUGUAUUUUUAAGUAAAUAUAGUAGUCGAUUGAAACGGUAUCACAGUUUCUGUAAAUGUUUUAGGAGGUCUGGAAAUACAUAGGGAUGGAGACAUCUUGGGCUGUCAGACUUUUGGAGACUGGUUAUGUAUAGUCCUUCACUCUCCCUCCUGCUGUCCCAUACGGUUUUUGAUCUUCAGGAGCAGAAACAAACCUCACCCAAAACAACACAGAGAGAAUGAACAUUACCACCUCUUUAUACACAGAUAAGAUUUAUUGUUAUAUUGCGUAUCUGUUCUUAAUCUGUUUUGAAAAUAAAUUCUUCUUAAAGCUUA